AUGCCCGAGCCUACCAAAUAUCACGGUGGCCUCGUGGCCUUCGAGGGCCCCAUCGACCUCGUCUCAACCCAGCUGCGCCUGCUACCCACAUCUUCGCAAAUCGCAAUUCUCCCCAGUGUCAAGGAAUUUCUCGAGCCUGAAGACCCCGACCAGCCAUUCGAAGCCCGGAAAUUCGUCAAGAGAGUUCACAAUGCUGUCGCCAAGAGAAGGGAAGCAGCCCUGGUCUUUCUCACUGAGUCCACCCCCAAGCGCAAGAGAUUGGUCUUCAUGAACGGAGGCACCCCGAGUGCGCAGACUGUCUGCAUCAGAGCCAUCUCCCGAAACGAUACCAAUGGCGACAUCUCCAAGGCCGAGGCAAUUUUUAACGAGAUUGUCAAGGGUGGCGUCGCCGGCUUGGACGCGCAUCCUGCCGCCUCCAGAGGUUCCUUCUUGGACACAACAGAGGAUGUCGUCGAAGACCCCAUCACCCGAGCUAUGAGAGCCGCUGAUGCUCUAGACCGGGAGACUGAAAACCUCCAGCCAAACAGCGACAUCGACCUUACCGUUGGUCGCCCACGGAGCAUGAGUUUACCGUUGUACAGCUAUGCGGACCGGUUUGGUGACACGGCGCCAUUUUACGUUUUUGGAGGCCAGUCUGACGAGGAUACCGUCGCCGAGGAGGAUGAAGCAAUCUACGCACCCAAGACCAACAGCCCAGCGCCAAGGCUGGCCAUCACAAACUUCGAUGAGCUUGAGAAAUUUGCAGCUCUUGACUUCAACUUCGACAACAAGUCAGUUGCGCCGGCCCCACCUCGUUCUCCAAGCUGCGUUGGUGAGGCAUAUGAGACUGGUGAUCCGUUCACGUCGCCCCUGCCUAAGCCUCCCGGCCUACUCGAUGUGGCGUCUCCGCGCUCUGAUAUGUUUAGCAUUCGUUCAACAGAGCCCAUCAUCAUCGAGCAAGCAUCAAUAGUUCGAAUGAAGUCUACCUCAUCCGCCAGGUCUCUUCCAAGAUCUCACUCUGUGGACCAACUUCACCGGAGCAACUCACGUUAUCGGGACACCUUACUGCGCCUCAGAGAAAAGAACAGCGCCGCUUCAAAGAAGAAGGGCGCUGAUCACCGUCGAUCUUCGGUUGUUGAGCUUAUUGAAGACGCAGAGCGACGGGACAGCAAGGCCAAGCUAGUCGCAACACCGAAAACAGUAUAUGUGAGGCCGGCGAGACUGAAUAAGACCCUGCCGCCACCUCACCCGAGUCCCAAGGAGAGCGAGGCACUCGGGGAGCCUGAGAACACGAAGAACAAAUACGUCGACCGAGGAACCGAUGCCGAGGAGAUUGUCAUGAAGGAUUCUUCAUUUCAACCAGUGCUUCCGUUUUCUGAGGAUCUUGUCAUUCACUUCAAAGACGACAGCCCCGACCCGAUCCUAGAGUACAUGAUUCGAGCUUUCAAAGAGGGCACCUACCCGGUUACUUUACCUUCUUCCAGCACUUCCGUCACUGACGGCGAUGUAUCAGCCCCGCAAACUCCUACAUGGCAAGCGGGAGAGUCACAAGUGGCCGACUUCACACCUGCGAAGAGCGUUCACGCGGACGAGUACGAUCCCUUCUCCUACCGGGGUUCGGGUUACAAGCCAAAGCAGCUCCAUCCCGUGUCCACCACCGUUACAACAUCUACUCUUCCAACACCUGCCGCAACGCCGCCGCCCACGGUCUCGGAGCCAGAGGAUAAGUUCCAUGACUUCAACACCGUUUACUGCCAGACAGCUGUCGCGAUGCAGAACUCACUUCGUUCUGUUCUGAAUAUCUACUUUCCCCCAAAGGCAAGAGGCUUCUCUCAAUUCAACUUUCCCCUUCUUCCUGAGAUGGACGGACUGUGGAAACCCAUCUUCCGCGACGUGGAUCCGGGCGGUAGCCCUAGGAAGAAUGACCAGCGAAUCGACCAGAUCCUAGCCAUUGGAUCACAGAAGGGGGUCAAGAAGACGUUUGUCUCUUCAAUUACGAGUCAGCUUGAGAAGCUGGGUACUAAGUCCAAUGGUAUUUCCCGGACUGGAAAGCUGGAUUUCAGAUACCUCAUCGCAACUGCAAUGCAGUCAUUCACCGCUCAGCCCUUGGCCAACCAGACUCAUGACAACCCUUUCACGAACUCGUAUCUUUUGGCAACUCUCAUUGUCCCUCACCUCGAGACAUACUUCGCCGCUCACUCUGAAGUUCGCUUCCUCCUUCUGGAUUACCCGCCCGAUCAUCUUGCCACUGUACUCGCGUUGCAGAAGCUUGUUGGCGUUGACCUGAUGAAGGUUGCCCAAGUCAUCGAUGCCGAUGCCAAGGAGCCCUUCCCCUUUACCCACGUCCGCGGCGGCUCUGUCGGUCGUAUCUCCAACAAGAGCGACUUGGCCUCGAGCUCGGGAUCCCUUCAAUCCAAGUGUUCAAACACCGGUAUUUCAUCGUCGUCACGCGAUGGCAUGGCAGUCUCAAAGGCCAACUUCCUCCUGACAUCAAAGGCGACUGAUAGCGAGAUUUCUACUUUCAUGUCCACGGUGUGGAAGAUUCUUAUCAACGUCUCGAAAUUCUACCUCCCUGAGGAAGGAUUCAACCCUGGGGACAAGCGCAACUUCUCUCCGUUCCCCCAGCCCAACCAACCGCCCGUCAGCCCUCCCAUGUGCCCGCCGUCCUCGGACAGCAGGAGAACGGGAAAGAGGUCGGCAUCAAUCAAGACGUCAGGUCGGCCUUCAUCCAUUGCAGACACGAUCAAGACCCGGCGGAUCAAGUCUCGAAGAGCCGACAAGAAGAUUCUGGGGGACGGCGCAUCCGUCUUGACCGUCGAUAUGGACUACGAGAGCGAUCUGGACCUCGAGGAAAGACGUCUGAUGCCCAUGUUUAUGAAAAAGUCUCCCCAGCAGUCUCGCAACAAGGGCAACAGCCGCAAGGCUUUGAAGUUUCUCGGCCUCGCCUGA